AUGGCAUUAACAGAUGCAGUAUCUUCUGGAAACGAACACAUAAUUUGUCAAUAUAAAGACAACAUUGUCUCAUUUGGCCAAUUUCUACACCGAAAUCCUUUAAACUUGUCACUUCCUCUUAUUCUGCUGCAGCUUUCUCUGAUCACAUUAACCACUCACACCAUUGAGCUCUGCCUCCAGCCGCUGGGACAAUCCUCGGUGGUGGCUCAUAUUCUUGGAGGUGUACUGUAUGGACCGUCCCUCCUAGGCCACGACCCCAACAUCUCAAUGACACUGUUCCCAAUCCGCAGCGUGGUUAUCCUGGAGACGCUGGCAGCCUUUGGAAUCAUGUUCUUCUUCUUUGCCAUAGGAGUUGGAUCGGACACGGGCAUGAUGUUCCGGCCUGGUCGGCAGUCGGUGGUCAUCGGCAUCUCGGCCAUGUUCUCCACCCUCAUCCUCACUGUCCUAUUCGCCCUCCUUUUGAAGAGCCACGUUGGCAUGGACGAGUCCCUCUCCCAGGCUCUCCCCUUCAUAGCCGCCUCCCAAGGCCUCACCGCCUUCCCAAACAUCUCCUACUCUCUAGCCGAGCUCAAGAUGACAAACAGUCAUCUCGGCCGCAUUGCCAUCUCGGCAGCCAUGUUCUGUGACCUCUUUGGGAUGUCCCUCGUGGGUGUCCUGCUCGCCAUCAUACAAUCGCGCAACGACCCCCUAAGGUCGGCCCUCUCGGUGUCGUCGGCCUUCACGUUUGUGGUGGCCAUGGCGUACGGGUUGGGCCCACUAGUGCGCCGCGUGUCCAAGAAGGUGCCGAGUGUGAGGUCGGUGGGGGAGAGGCAUGUCUUGUGCUUCUUCGUGGGUGUGCUAGGGGCUGCACUGCUCACAGAAACUAUCGGGCAGCACUUUGUGCUGGGACCGCUUGUGCUGGGCCUGCUACUGCCUCAGGGCUGCCCCCUGGGAGCUGCCAUCAUCGCCAGGCUCGAGUACCCGAUUGGGAAGCUCUUGUACCCGACCUUCCUCACGACAAGCGGGCUCAAGACGAAUGUGUUCAAGAUCAACCUGUGGUCACUGUGGAUCGUCACACUGCUCAUGGUGUUUGCAGGUGUCAUCAAGAUUGGGGCCGUUGUGUGCGCCAGCCGUUUCCAAGACAUAAACUUGAACGAUUCUGUUGUCAUCGGGCUCAUGUUGAAUGCAAGAGGGGCGUGCGAGGUCAUUGUGUAUAAUCUGCUACGAGAGUCCGGGAUUCUUACAGAUCAAGAAUUUGCCCUGUGUGUUCUAUCCGUGGUUGGUGUCACAUCCGUGAUCACACCUUUGAUCAAGCACAUGUACGACCCAAGCAGGCGUAAAGUUCCGUUGAGCCGCCGUACCAUCCAGCACCUGCGGCGCAACACUGAGCUGCGCAUCCUCGUGUGCAUCCGUGAGCAGGACAACAUACCCAUCACCGUCAACCUCCUCGAGGCCUCCCUUGCAACCCAGCACAGCCCCGUGGCCAUCAUUGCCGUCCUCCUCGUCGAGCUCGUGGGCCGUGCCACACACAUGGUGGUGGCCCACCAGUCCACCCGCACGCUCCACCCUCUUCAUUCAGAGUCGGGCCCCAUUGUGAAUGCCCUCCGUCAGUAUGAGCUCCACAACGAGCCCUUCACUACUGUCCGCCUCUUCUCCGCCAUCUCUCAUAUGCACACCAUGCACGACGACAUCUUCCGAGUCGCCCUCGACCAUCGCGCCAACAUUCUAAUCCUCCCCUUUCACAAGCGUUGGGAGAUUGACGGCUCUGUAGUCUCUGAAAACCGAGCCAUGCAGAACAUGAACAUAAGGGUCCUUGACUGCGCCCCUUGCUCGGUUGGCAUCCUCGUCGACCGGGCCGUACUCACGGGCUCUGCCUCCAUCCUCAACAACCAAUCCCAAUGCGUGUUCAGGGUCGCUGUCGUCUUUGUCGGGGGACCAGAUGAUGCAGAGGCCCUCUGCUAUGGAUCUCGCAUGGGGGCCCACGCCAGCGUGGCACUCACAGUCGUUCGCUUCCUACUGUUCGGGCGGGACACUGCUAGGGAAAGAAAGCAGGACGGGAACCUAGUGGACGAGGUGCGGCAGGCAAACUCCAACAACCACAACUUUGUGUACCAAGAACAGGUGGUGAAGGAUGGGAUGGGGCUGGCCGGGUCAUUGAGGGGGGUCAGGAACAACUACGACUUGAUGAUCGUGGGGCGGGAGCACCAGGCAUCCGAGAUACUCAUGGGGCUCGGGGAAUGGAGCGAGUGCCCGGAGCUUGGGGUGGUGGGGGACUUGCUGGCUUCUCAAGAUUUCCAGGGGACCGCCUCAGUGUUGGUGCUGCAGCAGCAGAGACUGCAGCCAGGGCAGAAUGCUGGUAAGGACGGGGUGACGAGGCCUGUAGUUGGUGGGUUGCAAGAUCCUCGGUGGGAGAUUUCUAUAGACAAAGAUAGGGCUUAG